AUGGAUCAAGUGCAAGUGUUAUCAGCUGUUUGUAAAAAAUUAAAUACUGAUAUAGAAUCAGUAGCUAAUCAAAUAUCUUUACGUGAAUCAGCAUUGAUUAAAUUAGAUACAAAUCAAAAAACACAAGAUGAACAACUUCGUCAAUUAAAUAUGGAUCUACAGGCUAAAUUCUCUAGAACAGAUUCAAUUGUACAAAAAUUAAAAGUUGAUAUUGAACAAUUAUCAAAUGGACUUCGAGAAGCUUUCAAUAAUCAACAAGAAUUAAAUCGAUCUAAUGCACAACGCCAACAAGAAUUAAAAUUAGAAAUUUCAACAUUAAGUCAACGUAUUGAUCGAAUAUUUAGUGAACAACAAGUUAUAUUACGUACAUUUGAAUCAGAUACAACACGAGCAUUAUCAACAGCUGAUACACGAUCACGUGCAUUUGUUGAUGAACUUCGUAGUCAAAUAUUUCAAGUUAAAAGUCAAGAAAAUAGCGAACGCGAACGAUCUGAACAACGAAUCAACCAAAAACUUGACGAAAUUAAACGGUCAUUAGAAAAAUAUGAACGAUUUGAGAAACGUAUUGAAGAUGCUAUAUAUCAAUUUGAGCGUCAAAGUGCUUCUUUAGAAGAUCAUUAUAAACGAGCUACAUCAAAUUUAAAUCGAAAUAAUGAAUCUAUUGAGCAAGCUGUUUUUAAACGUUUUGAUGAUAAACAUCAACGAACAAUAGCUAAUUUAGAAAAAGUUAAAAAAGAAAUGCGAACUUGUUUUGAAUCACUUGAAAGUUCAGUUAAAACAUUACAACGUGUAACAGAUGGACGAAUUAAAACUACAGAAGAAAAAUUUAAUAAAGAAGUUGAAAAACUUCGAAGUUCGCUUGUGCUUAUUUAA